AUGGAGAACUUCGACACCUACCAGACCCCUCUCUCCAGUCGAUAUGCAAGCAAGGAGAUGGCCCAUCUGUUCUCCGCGGAGAACCGUUUCCAUACCUGGCGCAAGUUGUGGUUGAGCCUCGCCACAGCGGAAAAGCAGCUUGGCUUGCCUAUACCCGACGAAGCCAUCGAGCAGAUGAAGGCUAACCUUCAUCUGGACGCCGAACAGUUCGACAUCGCUGCCAAAGAAGAAAAGAAGCGUCGUCACGACGUGAUGGCCCAUGUCCACACUUUCGGGCAAGUUGCACCUGCGGCGGCGGGUAUCAUACAUCUGGGAGCUACCUCUUGCUAUGUCACGGACAACGCAGACUUGAUCUUCAUUCGUGAAGCCCUUACCCUCCUAUCCCAAAAGCUCGCAGUUGUCAUUGACCGGUUCUCGUCCUUUGCUGCGCAAUAUCGCGACCUCCCUACUCUUGGCUUCACCCACUUUCAGCCUGCGCAACUGACUACUGUCGGCAAGCGAGCAACCCUGUGGCUUCAGGAACUUUUGUGGGACCUCCGGAACAUCAGGCGAGCCAGGGACGACCUCGGCUUCCGUGGAGUCAAGGGCACUACCGGCACGCAAGCGAGCUUCCUCACUCUUUUCGAUGGCGACCACGACAAAGUGGAGGAGCUCGACCGCCUCGUCACGUCGCUGUCAGGCUUCAGCUACGCGUACCCCGUCACCUCCCAAACCUACUCCCGCAAGAUCGACAUCGACGUGCUCGCACCACUCGCCAGUUUUGGAGCGACCGCGCACAAACUCGCGACUGACCUGCGGCUCCUAGCCAACCUCAAGGAAGUCGAGGAGCCCUUCGAGUCCACCCAGAUCGGGUCCUCCGCCAUGGCCUACAAGCGCAACCCCAUGCGCUCCGAGCGCAUCUGCAGUCUCUCUAGGCACCUCAUGGUCCUCCACCAAAACGCACUCAUGACCGCCAGCGUCCAAUGGUUCGAGCGCACCCUCGACGACAGUGCGAACCGCCGCAUCACGCUCCCCGAGGCGUUCCUCACAGCAGACAUCGUGCUCACGACACUGCAAAACGUCUCAGAGGGUCUUGUGGUAUAUCCCAAGGUCAUCGCCCGCCGGAUCUCGCAGGAGCUCCCGUUCAUGGCGACGGAGAACAUCAUCAUGGCGAUCGUCAAGGUGGGCGGUGACCGCCAGGAGGCACACGAGAAGAUCCGGGUCCUCUCACACGAAGCGGCCCACGAAGUCAAAUGGGAAGGCCGCGAGAACGACCUGAUCGACCGCGUGCGCGCGGACCCGUACUUCGACCCGAUCAAGGGCCAGCUCGAUGAGCUGCUCGACCCGAAAAGCUUCAUUGGGCGCGCACCGGAGCAGGUGGACACAUUCCUGAAGGAGUGGGUCGCACCGGCACUUGAUGAUGAGGAGCUCCGCGAGAGCGUGCAGGCGGGUGGGAAGGCGGAGCUGAAUGUAUGA